CAUUACAGAAAACGGAAGAAAACAACUUCAACGGUAGAAGUUUUUACUUUUCUUUGGGAACAAUGGACCAGACUCCUAAGUUGCAAGCCCAUGUGUCAAUCCAGGAGAGAUUUUCCCAUCCUCCACUGAAAAAAUGUGAAAACUGCUGCAUUCCAAGCAGAUAUCAUUGUCCAUUUUGUAUACCGGAAUUUUUCAAGCCUUCAAAACUCUACAUGAUCAGGGAGCACAUGGAAAGUCAUUUUAAGAGAGCUGUUUUUGCUGGGAAGUACACAUUUCACAAAUGUGCAUUGGGGUGCAGAGACACGCCUCAUUACCACUGUUUGUUCUGUCAGCGGACGCUGAUAAGGAAAAUAGAUUUUAAAAGACAUGUAGUAUCAUGCAACAGAACCUAUAAGCAGAUAGUCGAAAAGUUAGGCCAAAAGACCCAAGCUGAAGGACUGCAGGCUACACUGAAUGCUGAGGAGAGUGCAAGCCCAUCUCUGGACGUGGAGAAGGACGAUGACUUUAUAGAUGUGAACAUGAUCUCAGAUCCAGAAGACCAAACCAGCCAAGAAGAGGGCAGAAGCGACACUCUGACCAUCCAUGACUUUGGAUACAAAGCUGAGAAGCCAGUGUCUUCUACAUGUCAUCAAACUGUGCAGACAAACUUUGACCAACCUCAAGACUGUGACGAGUUCUACUUCAUGAACCUUGUGAAGUUGUUCAAAAAGCUGUCCAAUGCCAAAAAGGCUGACGUCAGGAUGAAAAUCGAGAGGAUCCUCUUGGAAGCAGGGUUUGAGUAAAGAAAAGCUGACACUCCUAAAUGGUAACAUUUUUAUGAUUUGGUGUUUAUCUUGAUUUAUUGGAGGAAUUGUCAGAGGGUGUGUACUGAGAUUUAUUUUCUGGCUUUGUUCAUUCACAUUGUACCCCGUUAUGCCUUAAAACGUGCCUUUAAACAUCACCGUGAACUAAACUACUGUCAUUUUAUAAUGCAUUUCCACCAAGCGGUUUGGUUUGGUUUGGAUCAGUACAGUUUGAUACAUGAAGCCCUCAUCUUGCUGGUGUUUCUGUGGCUAAACUCAUCCUUACUUGGUAGGAAGAGGUGUAAGGCCAGAGAUAUACUUGUUGUUUCACCUUUACAGCUACGUUAUGAGUGUGAUUGUAAAUACACUUGCGUAUACAUAACAUGUUUUACUACAGCGUACAUGAGAGCUCGGGGCAUUUACAGCAGAGAUUAGAACUAAUAUUACAUUAAAAUUUAUAAUCAGUAUAACCACUGGAUUAGCACAGACUAAUGGCUGGUAGUCAGAACACUCCAUCUACAACCCCUUUCUAUAAUGUUUUCUUCAGUGUAAUGUUCACGGUGUAUUGGUUGAUUUGGUUACCAUGUUAACUAGUGGCUCUCGCCUCCAAUGUCUGCAUAACUCACUUUUGCCACAGUCCACCCACAGCCAAGUAAACUGCAGAGAAAAUCACAGUUUUCUAAAGAAUUUUUUUGCUUUGCCUUUGUAUAUGAGUGCCUGCUCUACCCACUGAGCUGGACUGGCGCCCACAAUUUGUUAAUUUUUGAGGAUGUGCACAGCUGACAGGCCAAGAACCACUGCAGGAGACCAACAGUGGGUCUAGCUCCACAUCUUUUAGGGUCGGACAAGUAUGCCUAGGACCCUAGCAGAAGUAGGAUGGUACAGAUCGGUUAUUUUAGUACCAACUUUUGACUGAAGAAAUAAAGAAUUUCAUGACAUAACCAAGGUCUUGCAAAUCAACCUGCAGGCACAAACUUGAACAGUGCAAUCCGGUCAUUGUUUCAGAUCAGCGUGUAAUAAUCAGUGUUUGAGAAUCUCAUUUGGGGACUGCAAAAGUGUUCCUAAAAAGCAGCACACAGAAAAAAAAGUAGAAAAAAGAAGUGACAGGACUUAGAUUAACUUCUAGAUGAAGUUCCUCAAUCAUGUUUUUCUGCUAUGAGCUACUUUUUACCUGUGGUUUGUCUAACUAAAGCCUCAGGAUAUGUUUAGGAUUUCCUGUGAUAGAACUGAGUUGUAUGUGGGAAAAAAAAACAUUGUUACUGGGUAGAUGAUGUUUAAAGGGUUAAAGUUGUUGUAUAUUUACAGCUUAUUUUCUGUCAUUUUUAAUGUUCUAACCAAGGAUUACUACCUCAGCUUUUUGAAAUGGAUAAAACAUGUCAAGCUUUUGUUUGUGAGCCUGAGAUAUACUACUUGUUUACUGUUUUUCAAAUAAAGCUCACACUGUGACUGAU